CAAACUACUUCUCUGCCAGUCUAGAUCCAUUGUGGUCCACAAAUGUGCAUACAAUUCAACUCCUCCAGGUGAGGAAGCCACCACAUGGCUAGAAGACUGGGAAAGAGGCAGGGUUCCUAAUCCAAGUUGGAUUCCAAUACGUAGAGAAGAGGAAAAAAAAAUAUCUGAACUAUCUGAUAUAGAGAGAUGAAGUUGAGAUCUAAAUAAGUUACCAAAUUAAACACUCAUGGGUGCCAACCAUCUACCAGAAGCUGGAGAUGUAGCUCAAUGGUAGAGCACUUCCCUGGUAUGCGCGAGGCCCUGGGUUUGAUGCAUUUUGUUUGAUGCAUUUUUACCCCAACUAAUCACACGGCCACUUCUGUGAAGUGCAUAGACCUUCCAAAAUCCUUCUUUUGACUGGGUCACUUUACGAGAAGAGGCAGAAAAUGGAAAUAGAGAAAUCAAUUUAAUCAUGGAUAAAAAAGUAUUGAUGUUUUAAGACUGGAGUAGGUGACCUGCAAUCUGUUUUAAAAAUCUAUCAGAUAUAUUUCCAAGUCUGAUGCUUCACCUGAGUUAAAUAAUGGCAGAGACAAGUCUGUUAGAGGCCGGGGCCUCUGCAGCCUCCACAGCUGCUGCUCUGGAGAACCUACAGGUGGAGGCGAGCUGCUCUGUGUGCCUGGAGUAUCUGAAGGAGCCUGUCAUCAUCGAGUGUGGGCAUAACUUCUGUAAAGCUUGUAUUACCCGCUGGUGGGAGGACCUAGAGAGGGACUUCCCUUGUCCUGUCUGUCGGAAGACAUCUCGCUACCGCAGUCUUCGGCCUAAUCGGCAGCUAGGCAGUAUGGUGGAAAUUGCCAAGCAGCUCCAAGCUGUUAAACGGAAGAUCCGAGAUGAGAUACUCUGCUCCCAGCAUCAUGAAGCCCUCAGCCUCUUCUGCUAUGAAGACCAGGAAGCUGUAUGCUUGAUAUGUGCCAUUUCCCACACCCACCGGGCCCACACCGUUGUUCCAUUGGAUGAUGCAACACAGGAGUACAAGGAUGUCAAAAGUACCCUGGAAAAAUGUGAGAAGGUAAAGACCAUGGCGGUGACUUCAGUAUCCAUAGAGCUGAAAAAGAACUUCAGCCAUUUUCCCCGACAGUACUUUGCCCUAAGGAAAAUCCUUAAACAGCUAAUUGCGGAUGUGACCUUGGACCCUGAGACAGCUCAUCCUAACCUCGUACUGUCAGAAGAUCGUAAGAGUGUCAAGUUUGUAGAGACAAGACUCCGAGAUCUCCCUGACACACCCCAGCGUUUCACCUACUACCCUUGCGUCUUAGCUACUGAAGGUUUCACCUCAGGUCGACAUUACUGGGAGGUGGAAGCCGCGCACUGUGUCCUAGCGCAGGACCCCGAGAACCAGGCUCUAGCGAGGUUUUACUGCUACACGGAGAAGACCAUCGCCAAGAGGCUCGUCCUGCGGCGGUGCCGCAGGGGACAACGUUGGACAGUGCAGACUUGCCUAACUUGCUGGCGCAGCCAGCGCUUCCUCAAUGACCCCAAUCAUCUGCUUUGGGGAGACCGGCCUGAGGCCCAGCUAGGGAACCAGACAGAUUCCAAACCACCACAGCCCCUGCCAAACACAGCCCUAAAGAGUUCUAAAGAGAAAACACAGCCUGAGGCUGCUACAGUUGCCAGGGAUGGAUUUACCUCUCCUUCCACAUAAAUAAAGUUCAAUUGUGUUUGCAUGA